CUUGUCCGUGUUUGAUUUUUAUAGUUAAGUGUUGUUUACAAUUUUCAAGUAUGAUGGAUGUUUGAACGUUUUGUAUCUUGUAUCUGUAUAUAUACUAUAAUUAUUUUAUAAUCAUAUCUAUUUAAAUAUGCCAUCUCGAGGUGAAGACAUACUCAAAGGUUUUCAAGUUAAUUGGAUGAAUUUAAGAGAUGCUGAUAGUGGGAAAAUUUUGUGGCAAGGCAAUGAAGAUUUAUCUAUUCCUGACGUUGAACAUGAAGCACGAGUACCAAAAAAGAUUCUGAAAUGUCGUGCAGUAUCUAGAGAAAUUAAUUUCAGUUCUGCAGAACCAAUGGAAAGGUUUAGAUUGGAACAAAAAGUACUAUUCAAAGGUCGUUGCUUGGAGGAAUGGUUUUUCGAAUUCGGAUUUGUUAUUCCAAAUAGUACAAAUACGUGGCAGAGCUUGAUUCAAGCAGCUCCGGAAAGUCAAAUGAUGCCAGCUAAUGUAUUGAAUGGCAAUGUGGUGAUAGAAACAAAGUUUUUUGAUGACGACUUAUUAGUGUCAACUAGUCGCGUACGGCUGUUUUACGUAUAAAAUGCUUGAUAUUUGGUCCAUAUUGGGAUCUGGGACCAAUCAUUAUAUUAAAAAUUUUUAUCACAUUUGUGUAAUGUGACACAGGGUUCUUAUUAUCUACAAUAAUAUCUUUAGAAUUUAUUAUGCACUCUCAUAGUGAUAGAUAUGUAUUAUGCAAAAUUUAUUCACUAUUUUAAAAUUCUGCAAUGCUAUGUGCACAAUUUUAUAUUUUAUAUGUAUCAAGACGUAUUUUCUUCAAAAUGUUUUGCUACAUAAAUAUAAUUGUAAUAGUUUAUGAUAUUCUAUUAUAAUUCUAGUAUAUACUUAAGGCACCCACACACAGAAAUUUUGCUCUUCAGGUAUAAUUAUACUACAAAUUUUGUAUAUAUUGGAAUACACUACAGCAAAAAAAUAAAUGUCGUAAGUAACAAAAAUGAAAACUUUUUCGUAUAUACAUUAACCAUUUUAAGAUCAAGACCAUUAAAUUAAAAAAAAAAAAAAAAAAAAAAAAAAAAA